GGGGGUUGUUCUCGCGGAGUUGCAGAGUCUCGCGAGAGUUCAGGGGAGGCCGCGGCGGCGGCGGGAUGGGAGCGACGAGAUGCCCCGUCACUGCUCCGCCGCCGGCUGCUGCACCCGGGACACCCGCGACACCCGCGGCCGAGGCAUCUCCUUCCACCGGCUGCCCCGGAAGGACGAUCCCCGCCGGGUGCAGUGGCUGGAGAACAGCCGGCGCCGGGACCCCUCGGGUGAGGGCCGCUGGGACCCCACCUCCAAAUACAUCUACUUCUGCUCCCAGCACUUUGAGAGCUCCUGCUUCGAGGUAGUGGGCUACAGUGGCUACCACCGCCUCAAGGAAGGGGCUGUUCCCACCGUCUUCGCCGUGGGCCCCUCGCGGCCCCCCCGGACCCCCAGGCCGAAGCCCCCCCCGGCCGACAGCGACCCCCCGAAGCCCCUCCGGAACGCCCGGAAGUGGAAACGGGACCCCCUCCCAUCCCCGCCGGCCCCCCCGUUCCCCUCCAACGUCUCCUGCUUCCCGCGGGACACCAAAGACCCCGGCCCCCCCCCGGCCGGUGACCACGGCGGUGUCCCGGCGCUUCCCGGCCCCUCGGGCGCCAUCCCAGAGACCCUUUUGGUGGCCACGGGCGACGAGGAAGCCACGACCACUCCGGCUCUGCCCGAGGGAGCCCCCCCAGCCCCCGCAGCCCCCGCGGGACCCCCGGGACCCCCGUCCCCGUCGCUGUUCAUGCUGCGGCUGCCGCCCCGCGCCGGAUCCUACAUCCAGAGCGAGCACAGCUACCAGGUGGGAAGCGCCCUGCUCUGGAAGCGCCGCGCCGAGGCCGCGCUCGACGCCCUGGACAAGGCCCAGCGGCAGCUGCAGGCGGGAAAACGGCGGGAGCAGCGGCUCCGGCUGCGCCUGGCCGAGCUCCAGAGGGAGAGAAGGGGCGUCCCGGAGCCGCGGCGGAGCCCCAAGGAUCCCCCGGGGCCGGUGGAGGUGGAGCUGCUCGGAGACGGAGGGCACUGAGGAAUUCCUGGUUCUCCGAGGCUUGGCCACGGCAGGAAGGUCCUUAUUUUGGUGGGACUCACCUGGCACAGCCACACCGUAGACGUUGACCUCCUGGAUGAAGCUCACCAAGGCCAGCGUGGCCU